GCAGUCUAUUACUAAGCCGGUUCUGUGAUUAAUAUCCUGCAAAAAAAACUGUAGAAUAAGAUUAAUUUUCGUUCCAAGUUUCAUUAAUAUCGAUUUAGUUGUUAACCUUUUAUAACUGUGUACUUAAAUACAGUAUUAUUUAAUGUCAUAAUUUUGUUAAUAUAAAUAAAUAUCAUUAUAUUCUUGUUUGACCAGUAUUACUUGACAGGACGAGUAGGACUCGUUUCUUUUUGCAAGUUACAUUGGAAUAUAUUAUUUACAUCAUGUCGAAUAAGAAGGAAUUAUCAGAAUUGCAAGUUUUUAAAACAGUAUUAUAUUACUGUUUAGUAAUAACAGUUUUACCUGUGCUAGUAUUCUUUAUAAGCAAGAUCUUUAUAUUCGAUGGUUUAUUGGGAAUAAAUAGCAUAUCAAGCAAUGUGUAUUCAGCAGGAGUUACAAUUGUGGUCUUACACAUCGCAUUAGGAGCCUAUAUAUAUAGAGCAUACUUUGAUGAACGAUCCAAGACGGAAGUCAAGAAAGAUUAAUCCUUUUAUUAGUCCAUGCAUGCAAUUUAGUACACUUCCAUGGUUCAUCUACAUUUAAUCAUUGUCAACAUAUAAUCAACCAAAAAAUGUGGUUUGCUCAUAUAAUUUUAAUAUAUAAUUUACAUAAGCUUUGACGAUAUUUAAUAUUCAAAGUUUGAUUAUAUAUGAUACAUUAGAUGCAUGAUGUAGCAGAAAUUAUUAUUUAUAUAAUGAAAAAAAUAUUGAAACAUUCCUGCUGAAUUUAAAACUAUUAUAUUUUUUAUAUUAAUAUAAAUAUUGGGAGUAGAUGACUUAAUUUUUAAUUUCAGUAAACUUUUAUUAUUUAAUGUUCCAAAAAUUAACGUUCAUUAUGUCAUAUUACGUCAUAUUACGAUGAUUGAAUAUAACAUUAACAAUAGUUAUAUAUUCUUUUCAAUUUCUUCUUUAUUUUUAUCAAGCAUAAAUAAUAAUGUUAUAUUAUAAUCAAUGUAUGUAUGUGUGUAUGUAAGGCAUUUUUAAAAUGAAUAAAAAAAAAUGUGUAUGCCUUGCUGUGACCAGAAAUCAUCAAGAUAUUACAUGUGUAAAAGUCAUGAAUAAUCAAAAAUAAAAUGGCUGAGAUGUACCAAA